GCCUGCAUCGAUGAGAAUCUGGAGGUGGUGCGCUUCCUGGUGGAGCAGGGCGCCACGGUGAACCAGGCGGACAACGAGGGCUGGACGCCCCUGCACGUGGCCGCCUCCUGUGGUUACCUGGACAUUGCCAGGUAUCUCCUGAGCCACGGGGCCAACAUCGCCGCUGUCAACAGCGAUGGGGACCUGGCCCUGGACCUGGCCGAGUCGGACGCCAUGGAAGGGCUGCUCAGGGCGGAGAUUGCCAGCCGAGGUGUGGACGUGGAGGCAGCCAAGCGGGCCGAGGAAGAAUUGCUGCUUCAUGAUACGAGGUGCUGGCUGAAUGGGGGUGCCAUGCCAGAGGCCCGGCACCCUCGCACGGGGGCCUCUGCCCUGCACGUGGCCGCUGCCAAGGGUUACAUCGAGGUGAUGAGGCUGCUCCUUCAGGCUGGCUACGACCCGGAGCUCCGGGAUGGGGACGGCUGGACCCCACUGCAUGCAGCUGCCCACUGGGGCGUGGAGGACGCCUGCCGCCUGCUGGCCGAGCACGGGGGAGGCAUGGACUCGCUGACCCACGCGGGGCAGCGUCCCUGUGACCUGGCAGAUGAGGAGGUGCUGAGCCUGUUGGAGGAGCUGACCAGAAAGCAGGAGGCUCUGCGGAACCAAAAGGACGCCUCCCCGAGCAGGGGCCAGGAGCCCCAGGCGCCCUCCAGCAGCAGACACCGGAGGAGCUCCGUGUGUCGCCUGAGCAGCCGCGAAAAGAUCUCCCUCCAGGACCUGUCCAAAGAGCGCCGGCCUGGAGGGGCAGGGGGCCCCCCCAUCCAGGAUGAAGACGAGGGAGAGGAUGGCCCUGCAGAGCCGCCCCCUGCAGAGCCCAGAACCCUCAAUGGAGUGUCCUCCCCGCUGCCCUCCAGCCCCAAGAGCCCCGUGCUACCCGAAGAGGCCCCCUUCUCCAGGCGCUUCGGUCUCCAGAAGACAGGGAGCUCCGGUGCCCUGGGCCCCCCGGGACGGCGGGGGCCUGAGGCAGCUCCUGAGACAGGGCGGCAGCGCUCAGCCUCCUCCUCCAGGCUGGAAGGGACCCGCACUCAGGCCCAGGCGCCUCGUCUUGCCAGGAUUACCCCCAUCCCCUCCCGGAAAGUGCCAGAGCCCCCUGACCACUCUGGGCUCAUCCAGCCGCCGCUGCCUCCCUCCACUGUCCCGGAGCCUGAGUCGCCAGGGAAGCCGAACGUCCCUGCAACCUCCACGGCGCUCCCAGCAGACUCCCGGGACCGGCGGAGGUCCUACCAGAUGCCCGUGCGCGACGAGGAGUCCGAAUCCCAGCGGAAGGCUCGCUCGCGCCUCAUGCGCCAAUCUCGGAGGUCCACGCAGGGUGUGACUCUGACAGACCUGAAGGAGGCGGAGAAGGCUGCGGGCAGGACCUCGGAGCCAGAGAAGCCAGCCCUGCAGAGCCCGCCAGCACAGGACCCUUCCCUGAGGCCGAGAGUUCCUGGCGUGGAGGAUGCUGAGGGCGCUGCCCCGAGAGCAGGGGCGCCCGACGGGCAGGGUCAGGGCCCACAGGCUGCCAGGGAGCACCGCAAGGUCGGCAAGGAGCGGAGGGGCCCUGCGGAGGGGGAGGAGGCGGAGCCGGCGGAUCGCAGCUCUGAAUGCAGCGCCACGGACGGCAGCGCCUCGGCCCACCGGCAGCGCCAGCGGGAGAGCGCCGGGCCCUGGAGCGCAAGGCCGCGGAGUUGGAAGAGGAGCUGAAGGCCCUGUCCGACCUCCGGGCUGACAACCAGCGGCUCAAGGACGAGAACGCCGCACUGAUCCGCGUCAUCAGCAAGCUGUCCAAGUGACGCGGCCGGACUUCCCACACCGUAUUUAUACAGCUGCUUCUGCCACACGCACCUUCCCCGCGAGCACACGAGUGACAGGGCUCGGGGAAGUCUGAGAAGCCAUAGCCUCCCCUCAGGACCACUGGCCUGGGCGGGGAGCACAGAGCCCCCAGGAGCCAAGGGGGGGCCGUCUGGGGCCAGGAUGGAGGCGGGAGGCCGAGCCAGGUAGGGGGAUGUCGCUGAGGGGACCAGGGUGGAGGGACCAGGGCAGAGGGGACCAGGAAGGACCUGAGGACCAAGAAGCGCAAGGACCAGUGUCCGGACCAGAGUGGCUGCCCUGUCCCCAUCACGUGUGAUGCCUCCGUCACCUCCCCCAGCAGGGAUCCAAGGAUGUGCCAAGAGUCCGGCCAGCCGGGUGGGCCUGUGAAUGGGGUCCGUGUGCAAUAGGGGCCGUCGUCUAUUUUUGCUGCCCCCUCCCGUCCACUGUCCGGGGCAGGGGGAGAAGGUAUUUUCGAGACAAAGCACCGGCACCACAAAUAAACGUCGUGAAGUUGCCACCAAGCA